AUGGAAAAUGUCCUAUGGAAGUUCGUUGUUCCACUGUAUCCCGUUCACUACAAUCGCGUUACGCGUGCCAUAAUGAAGUAUGUAUCAUCCCAGGUAAACGAGUUCGUUCCGGAAUUGAGCGGUUUGCUGUUGGAAUAUGAAAAAAAGACUUUGCGAAUUUCCUCCUGCAUCGACAUAUCCAACCUACAUCGACACAGUCGCCCUCAGUUUAUUGUUCCACUACGACCUGAGCUGCCAGCUCUAUAUAUCCACGCCCAGAUUCGAGUGCGGGUAUUCAUUCCUCGAUGUGGCCUGGAGCUAACUGCAACAGUGUCUGCGCUACAACCUCACCAGGUGUUUUGCAAGACCGAAGUGGAUGACGUGCUGAUAGCUGUGACUCGUUGUGCAGACAGUGGUAUGUGUGAGGUUCAAUCACCGGUGGACGAAAACGGUGCAAAUCGGCAAACCAUAUUAGAUUUGGGUGAUGUCGUUCGUGUUCGGCUCUCAUCUACAACGCGACAGCUCGGAUCUUUCGUCCUUCGGGGCGAAUUAUUAUCAGUGAUUUCUAGGUCCACGGAGGCACCCCAGGCAGUCCUAGACAAGUUUGGCUCACACAGCUCAGAUGAAAAUGAUACCGACAAGAAUUUGGAGCCAAAUGUAAAAAAACCCAGAAAAGUCAGAAAAACAGAUUCAGUGACAGUAAAAAUAGAGGAAUCAGGAGCGAGAUUGUGCUUAACAACGGAGCCUCCAUCCCCGGUAACCCAAUCCCGAAAACGUCAACUGUCGACAUCAAUUAAUCCGGAAGUUACGGAAUCACGACUCGCUAUCAAAAUUGAGUCACCGGAAUCCGUUCCUACGAAGAAGAAACUGAAAACGGAAAAUCCUAAAUUCACAGCCGAAAUGUUUGCUGCCUUUUCUCCUCAGAUAAUUAGAACCGAUUCUGAAUGUAGUACACCCGUGUGUAAGGAAACGAAGUCAACUAAGAAAACUAAUAAAGCAGAAGGUUGUCAGUAA